GGGAAGGGGUUGGGCUGUGCUGCAUCCACUCACCUCUGACUGACUGACUGACUGAAUCCAGUCUCCACCUUUCAUCCCUCAACUUGUCCCGCGUAAAGAUGGGCGCGUUUGGUGGCGACCGGACCCGGUGAGAGAAAACUAAAAAGUGCGGGAAGAAUGCGGUCGGACGGAGGAACCGUGAGUAACUGGAGUGUCUAUGGGCGGCGGUGAUGUUUGCAAUUGGUGACUGCAGAAAUUGCCAACGUGUCGGCGAGUCGGCAGACCACAGCUUGUUUCUGGUGCGCUCCUGGAGAGGAAGAACGGACAUGUGAAUGAGAGCGAUCCGGCUCCCGCGGCUGAAAGAAACUGCUUUGGCUGUUUUUUUUACUUCACUCACUUGAAAUCCUUACAAAGUCCGAUUGAUAAAUUGAUUGUGGAGUUGUUGUUUUUUUUUUUUUUUUUUUUUUUUUUUUUCCCUGCUGGAGAAGGAAUUGAUGCGCCGGUAGCUUUUACGCGGCCAAUAUGCCAGAAUGGGUCCUCUACAGUAUUUAUUUCUCUGUGGACUUCUGUACACCCAGACUCACGGGUCUCGCCUUCGCCAAGAAGAUUCCCCUCCCCGCAUUGUGGAGCAUCCUUCUGACCUCACUGUGUCCAAAGGGGAGCCGGCCACCCUCAACUGUAAGGCAGAGGGCCGCCCGACCCCCACAGUGGAAUGGUACAAAGACGGGGAGCGCGUGGAGACCGACCGUGACAACCUCCGAUCCCACCGGAUGCUGCUGCCCAGUGGCUCCCUCUUCUUCCUACGCAUAGUCCACGGACGGCGGAGCAAGCCGGAUGACGGCAGCUACGUGUGUGUGGCCCGAAACUAUCUGGGAGAGGCCGUAAGCCGGAACGCAUCUCUAGAAGUGGCAUUGCUGCGCGACGACUUCAGGCAGAACCCGCAGGAUGUGGUGGUGGCGGUUGGGGAGACGGCAAGUUUUGAAUGUCAGGCUCCACGUGGUCAUCCUGAACCCACCACCUUCUGGAGGAAAGAUAAAGCUCGUCUUGACCUCAACAAUGACAGGAUCACGGUUCGUGGAGGGAAGCUGACGAUCUCCAACACCAAGAAAAGCGACGCGGGGAUUUACGUGUGCGUGGCGGCCAACAUGGUCGGAGAGCGAGAGAGCGAAAAAGCCCAACUCUCAGUAUUUGAGAGACCCGUGUUCGUGCAGCGGCCUGUGAACCAGGUGGUCUUAGUGGACGAGAUCGUGGAGUUCAGGUGUCAGGUCCACGGUGACCCCCCGCCUACGCUCCGCUGGAAGAAGGAGGAUGUGGAUAUUCCUCGUGGCAGGUAUGACAUCAGAUACGAGAAGGAGGACUUCCUGUUGAGGAUCAAGAAAGCCUCGGUCAGCGAUCAGGGGACCUUCACUUGCCUUGCAGAGAACCGCGUGGGUAAAGCCGAAGCAUCUGCCUACCUGACCAUCAGAGCUCGCCCUGUCGAGGCACCUCAGUUUGUGGUGCGGCCUCGUGACCAGAUCGUGGCUCAAGGACGGACGGCUACCUUUCCCUGUGAGACCAGAGGCAAACCUCAGCCCACCGUCUUCUGGCAAAGAGAGGGCAGUAAGGAUCUCCUGUUCCCCAAUCAGCCAACGCAGGGUGACAACCGCGUGUCCGUGUCCGAAAAGGGAGAGCUGACCAUCUCAUCAGUGCAGCGCUCGGACGCAGGAUAUUAUAUCUGCCAGGCGCUCACUGUGGCGGGCAGCAUCAUGGCCAAGGCCCAGCUUGAGGUAGCAGACGCCCUGAAGGACCGCCCACCGCCGAUCAUCCGUCAGGGCCCGUCCAACCAAACGCAGGUGCUGGGAGGUUUGUCUGUGCUCAGGUGUCAGGCGUCAGGGGACCCGGAGCCGACAGUCACCUGGAGGAAGAACGGGGCCAGUCUGCUGGGAAAAGACCCGCGAUUUUCCCUGCUGGAGCACGGCAGCCUUCAGAUCCAGAGUACCACACUGUCGGACUCAGGGUUGUACACCUGCGUUGCGACCAGCUCCAGCGGAGAGACGUCAUGGAGCGCCUACUUGGAUGUCAGAGACUCCACUGACCUCAUGGACUUCGUCUCUCACAACGCCACCGCCCUCCCAGGGCCUCCCUCCAAGCCAGAGGUCACUGAUGUGACCAAGAGCAGUAUCUCGUUGUCAUGGGAACCGGGGCCAGAGGCGGGCUCCCCAGUGUCCUCCUAUGUCAUCGAGGCUUUUGGCCAGUCAGUGAGUAACAGCUGGCAGACAGUCGCCGACCACGUGAAGACCACCGAGUCCACGGUCAAGGACCUCCGUCCCAACACUGUUUACCUGUUUAUCAUUAGGGCAGUCAACGCUCAAGGGCUUGGGGACCCGAGUCCGAUGUCUGAGCCUGUCCGCACUCAAGACAUUAGUCCCACAGCCCAGGGAGUGGACCACCGCCGUGUGCAGAAGGAGCUGGGGGAUGUGGUGGUCAACAUGCAUAAUCCUGUCGUUCUCAGCUCCACUUCAGUGCAAGUCACAUGGACUGUGGAGAAUCCGUCCCAGUUCAUUCAGGGCUACCGCGUUCUUUACCGGCAAACUUCAGGGCUGCCCUCCCCGGGACCUUGGCAGAUACAAGACCUGAAGGUUGCAUCAGAGAGAGACCUCACGCUCCUGGAUUUAAAGAAAGGCAUUGUCUAUGAGAUUAAAGUGAGGCCAUACUUCAACGAGUUCCAGGGAGCCGACAGUGAAUCCAUGACUGCACGCACCUUGGAAGAAGCACCCGGAGCGCCUCCACAGCAAGUGACGGUGUUGACAGUGGGAAACCACAACAGCACAUCCAUCAGCGUGUCGUGGGACCCGCCUCCAUCCGACCAGCAGAACGGCAUCAUCCAGGAGUACAAGAUCUGGUGCUUGGCCAACGAAACCCGCUUUCACGUCAAUAAGUCCGUGGACGCAACCAUCCGUUCAGUGGUAGUCGGGGGCCUGCAGACCGGAGUGCAGUACCGCGUGGAGGUGGCGGCAGGCACCAGCGCCGGGGUGGGGGUCAAGAGCAAACCCCAGCUCAUCAUCCUGGGUGCAGAACUGAGGGACGUGAUGACAGGCUCGGACGGCAACAAUAGCAUCUCCGACGUGGUGAAGCAGCCGGCCUUCAUCGCCGGGCUGGGAGGGGCCUGCUGGAUUGUCCUCAUGGGGUUCAGUGCCUGGCUGUACUGGAGGAGGAAAAAAAGGAAGGGACUUAGUAACUAUGCAGUUCAGUCCUUCACCUUCACCCGAGCAGUUACUUUCCAAAGAGACAGGGGCCUGAUCAGAAAUGGAAGCCGUCCGGGGCUGUUGAAAGCGGGGGAUCCGGGCCUUCCCUGGCUGGCUGACUCCUGGCCCUCCACGAGCCUCCCGGCUAACGGCGGCUUAGGGAGCCCGAAGGGCGGCGGAAACUUUGGCCGAGGAGAUGUUUUACCGUCUGCGGCGGUGGAGAAAACGGGCACCAUGCUGUCUGAUGGUGCCAUCUACAGCAGCAUUGACUUCAUGGGGAAGGCGGGCUACAGCAGCCCGGCUCGAGGCGGCCAGCCCACCCCCUACGCCACCACGCAGAUACUGCAGUCCAACAGCUUCCACGAGCUGGCCGUGGACCGGCCGGAUCCCCGCUGGAAGGCCUCUCUCCAGGCCCAGCAGGAGAUAGCAAACCUGGGCUACUCGCUAACCGACAGACGCCCUGGCAAUGGUGCAAAGGUUGGGAAGAAAAAGAAGGCGAAGGGUGGAACGAAAACCUCUAAAUCAAAUGGGACAUGCUGGGCGAACAUGCCGCUCCCUCCGCCGCCGAUGCACCCGCUCCCUGGUACCGAGGUUGACCUUGACCGUUACCCCCAGGAGAAUCAUGCAGCAGGCUACGACAGCAAUAGCUGGGCCCCGCCGAUGUCCGUGCAGACCUACCGGCACCAGGGUCUGGACAGCGAGGUAGAACAGGAGCGAGGUCCCACUCCUCCCCUCCGAGGACGAUCGUCAUCGCCGGCAGCGGCUACCUUCAGCCAGCCCUCGUCCUCCUCUCUCAGUUCGGCACACCACGAAGAGAUGCAGUCCAUUCUGCAGGCCCACCUGGAUGAGCUGACCAGAGCUUACCAAUACGAGGUGGCCAAGCAAGCAUGGCACAUGAAGAGCAGUCCAAAUGUCUCCAACAGCCCCAUGGACUUCAUGUCCAGCACUCUGGGCUCCGAUCUGGGAGCCACUCUCCUCUCAGAGGAGGACGAGGAGGACGAGGAGGAUGAGAGAUACGCCGUGGUUUCAAAGAAUUUGUGUGGCUUUGAAUACACGCCCGGCCACAGUGUGGACAACCUUGAUGGCUCAGGUAAGGCCUCCAAGCAGUGUCACUCGGAUAGCUUUGGCACGGCGGACCACAGUGCACCAGGCACACACAGCCUCGGACACAAGAGGGCACCACUUACUGGCCACAAACCUCAGACAGACAAGGUUGGAACGCUUCCCAGACAGAGAGACUCCAACACAGACGCAGCCCACACACCGGCCAUAAAGUCCCUGCACGGCAUGGGCUCCCACAUGCACAGCUCGUGGGCAGCUGCAGCCUCGGACCCCUCGGAGGAGUGCAUGGUGACAGUGUCGACGCUGGAGCGGCAGCAUAUGGCGUCCUGGAGCGGCACGACAUCAUCCGGCAGGGCCACCCUGGGUAGGGGUCACAAGAGACCUGGCACAGACCCCUCACACAACGGGCAUCCGUCCACAAACGGCACAGAGAAGCGGGAGCACUAGUCUACGUGAAGCAUCAUUCCCUGCGGUUGCUGCCUGUCCCAGGACACCUUGUUUCUUAUAAGCGCUAUGAGAUUCCCUCUCUGCGAGUGACACAGAAUGAUGUUUGGAAGACGGCGAGGAGGCAGAAUGAAGACAAAAGAGGCGAAAUUGUGCGAGAUGAAAUGCAGAGCUGUAAAUGUCAUGUACAGACACAGACACCAACUCUCACAGUGUUCUUUUCAUCCCCCUCCCUUCUUCAAAAGAGUAAAACCGUAUGUUACAUGUCUGCUUCUAUUUUCUGUCACAUGGUGUACAGCAGUUCACACAGUGGAGACCAAGAAGAAGAAAAAAAAAAAACCCACCACAAAUCGGCUAAUUAAAACGAAAAAGGGACUUGCAUAAUUUGUAAAUAAGUUUUUUUUUUAAUGUUUUCUGUUUGUUUGUUUUUCUUUGCUUUGCUAUGCAAGCCAAACCCAACGUUGUCUCUUUUGUGAUUUAUAACUGUGAAUCAUUUUUCAUUAAUGCUCAAACUGUUAGCUUACGUCGACGAAGCUACCGUAUUGUUGUACUUUGCACAGAGCGUUUUUUUGGUGAAAAUAAGCACAAACUCAUUGUCAGCUGAGCUGAGGAGGAGAAUCAUGACGGCGAAGAGGCGAACACGAGAUGUAUACUUGGCUGUGCUGUAAUUCUGUUGAGAAAUACUCACUUAUUGAAGGGAGGAGAGAAAAAAAAAACACAGAUAAAUGCUUGGAACUAAUAUGCCAAAAUAACUGUGUUUUAUACUUCUUGCUGGGAAUCCUGUUAUGCAUUAUAUUAACGAUGGCUCUC